UGGCGUUCAGGGGUUGAACCAACGCUGACUGAGUUACUCCGUCAUGGUUGGUCGUUUCGUUAUCUUGGAGAGCUGCAUGGCAAGCUUGACUCUCUGCUGCCGUUCCCGACUCCUGGCUACCCUCCCAGGCCGGCAGGGUGCGCCAGGCUCUGACAACACGGCAGCACCGUGGAGAUUGCAAGGCUUGCUCGAAAUACAACUAUUGUUUUUGCAAUUCCCCACGGGGCUGUUCAGCUUCACCCCCAGCUUGGCCGGGCCCCCCUCGGAUGGCACGAUGGCAACCAUGGUUCGGCUUUGGUCCUCUCCUCGAUCAGCCUAGGUUGCUUUUCAGCGCUGAGUCGACCGGAACUAUUGGAGAACGGCGGGCCGUGGUCGGGGGAAGGGGAAGCUGGGCGUCUGGGCGCCUGGGCGUAACUAAGAGAUAUAAG